AUGGAGGAAAAUAAAGGACAACCAGCUAAUAGCUGGCUUGGACAUCGAGGCGCCGCCGCCUUUGACUUUAGAAGCGAUACCAUGACCACGCCAACACAGGAUAUGCUAUCCGCCAUCCAGAACACAACUCUACUGGAUGAUGUUUUCAAAGAGGAUCCCACUACCAUGGACCUCGAGGCCCACGUCGCCUCCCUGACAGGCAAAGAGGCCGCUCUAUUUGUACUUUCGGGUACUAUGGGCAAUCAAAUUGCUUUGCGUUCUUUGCUCACCCAGCCUCCCCAUGGCGUGUUGGCUGAUCAUCGUGCGCACAUAAUUCGAUAUGAAUCUGGAGGCGUUGCAUCACUAUCCGGCGCAAUGACUACAACAGUAAUACCCAGCAAUGGCUUCUACCUGACUCUCGAGGAUAUAAAAUCCCUGGUGGUGCUUAGUGAUGACGACCAUUCCUGUCCUACACGUGUCAUCAGCCUUGAGAACUCGCUUGACGGUCUCAUUAUGCCCUUGGACGAGGUGAAGAGGAUCUCCGAUUUCGCACGAGAGAACGGUGUCUGGAUGCACUGCGAUGGCGCUAGACUGUGGGAGGUCGUAGCCUCGGGCGCUGGAUCGCUGUUGGACUUUUGCCAAUACUUUGAUACCGUCUCACUCUGCUUCUCCAAGGGCCUAGGCGCCCCGAUUGGCAGCAUUAUCGUUGGUACUAAGCCUCUUAUCAAACAUGCGCGAUGGGUGCGUAAGUCGAUCGGAGGGGGUUUGCGCCAAUCUGGCGUCGUUACGGCUGCUGCCAGAGUAGCAGUCGACGUGACUUUUGGAAAGGGCCCAAAUGGCGAGGGUGGACUCCUACGAGACACGCACGCUAAGGCCAAGCGCGUUGAACAGUUGUGGAAGAACUUGGGUGGGAAGAUGCGAGUCCCAGUCCAGACAAAUAUGUGUUGGUUAGACCUAGAGUCCAUGGAUUGCAAUCCCUCUAGGUUUGCCCGCUUAGGUAGUCAAGUCGGGUUGAAAUUGGCAGGCAAUCGCCUCAUCACGCACUACCAGAUCGGUGAAGAGGCUAUUCAGCGACUGACUAGCGUUUUUGAGAAAGUAGCAGCGGAAAGGGGGCGUAACAAGUGUGAAGAAGACUGCGAUCUCAGCCGCCAGGGCCCUUAUUGA